AUGGCUCGCAAUCGCCCCCUUCCACUCUCCGAAGAGUGGGAGGAUCCCGACACCUAUAUCAAAGAACUCCUCAACUUCGCGACGACCAAUGUCCUCUUCAUGAACCUGUGCGGUGGUGUGCACAUGGUCGAUUUUUUGACCCGCGAGCCCGAUCUAUACACCAGUCUACUCCCAGAGGAAUGGCGAGCAUUCUUCGAAGCCCAUGACAUUCACGAUAUACUGCAAUUGCUCCUACGAGAAGAUAUUGAGUCCUUGCGCACGAACGCGACCAAUGGACAUACCGGCGCAGGCAAUCGCACAUGGAAGGACGGCGCAUUCCCUCCGCAGAGCAUAUUGGACUACAUUCACCAAGUUCGCCGACUUAGUCUUCGCCGGGAAUUCGAUUCGGCCGGGUCGAAGAAGACGAAACUCCCGAGACAUGUCGCGGUUGGUAUGAAGACGAAGAAGGAACACGAGGUCGAACACUUCUCUGGCUACGUCGCAUCGUUGUCCGAUACCGUGGGCGAGCGUCGCGGUGAGCCGGUCUCUCAUAUUGUGGAUUUUGGGUCUGGACGGAACUAUUUGGGGCGGACGCUGGCCAGCUCGCCAUUUCACAAACAUAUCAUUGCAAUUGAGCGGAAACACCAGUACAUUGCUGGUGCUAUGGGCAUAGACGUUUCAGCCAAGUUGCGGGAGAGAGAGAAGUCUAAGACGGUUUAUGUGCAUAGUCGCAAGAAAUCCUGCAAUGACUGCAAUGGCACACCAGAAGUGGCAUCAUCUGAUAAAGCAGAGGCGCAAUCAGAAAUGGAAAAUUUGCAGGCCCCCGAGAAUGUCCCAGUUCAAGGAGAGACUGUGGACGACCAGGAGGAUGUCACCAUGUUCAAAAUGCUGGGUGAGAUUACCCUCGAACCCCAUGAGCUACUCGGCUCGAUCACCAAGGGAGGACAAAAACAGAAACCUGAACAUGAAAUCGACACCGGGGGUACUAUCAGCUAUAUCGAACACAAUAUUCAAGACGGAUACCUCGAGCCUAUCAUCGACCACGUGGUUAAUCCAUCUCCUGCAACGACACCAAGUGAAACUGACACCGACGAGACGAACACCUCCAUAACAAUCCAGCCAGAUGAACAGCAAAAAAGCGACGCCCGAGUAAUGGUCGUCUCCCUCCAUUCCUGCGGCAAUCUCGUUCACCACGGCGUUCGCUCCCUAGUCAUGAACCCCUCCGUCGUAGCAGUCGCUAUGAUCGGCUGCUGCUACAAUCUUAUGACCGAACGCCUUGGCCCAGCAACAUAUAAACUCCCCGUCCUCCGCUCUCUCCACCCUCGUCUCCAAGCAACCGGAAACUCCUACGACCCCCAUGGUUUCCCCAUGUCCAAAUACUUCGAGACACACGAAAGCCCCGGCGCAAUUGGUAUGAAGUUCAACAUCACGGCACGCAUGAUGGCCGUACAGGCACCGUAUAACUGGGGCCACGAUGAUAGUGAACGCUUCUUCGCUCGUCAUUACUUCCGCGCCCUCCUGCAACGCAUCUUCGUCGACCGCGGCGUUACGCCUAAACCGGGUAUUCCAGAAGAUCUCUACGCCGAUGAUGAGGGCGCUGAGAUGACUACAGCUGUAAUAAUCGGCUCGCUACCUAAGCGCGCAUUCGAAUCCUUCACUGCGUACGUACGCGCCGCAACAGCCAGACUCCUGCGUGACCCGAAACAUAGCGCAAAGGUCCAAGAGCACAUUGCAACAAUGACGGAUGAGGAGAUUCAACGCUACGAGGCGGACUAUUUCCCCGCGAAGAAGAAUCUUAGCGUUAUAUGGAGCUUGAUGGCGUUUAGUGCGCAGGUCGUGGAGACGGUUAUUGUUGUGGAUCGCUGGCAGUUCUUGCGGGAGCAUGACUCGGUCAAGGAGUGUUGGGUUGAGCCUGUGUUUGAGUAUAGCGAGAGUCCACGGAAUCUGGCUGUUAUUGGGAUUAAGAAGUGA